UUUCCAGAAUUCCCUCUUUGUAUACUUACAAAUUCAAUGUCUUCCCACUUCCAUGAUCCCCAUUUUCUCUCGCUACAUAUGCAUAUGCAUAUAUUAUACUCCAUACAAAAAAUCAUUCCAUACAUGUGAUUCUCUCGUGGGUAUUAGAUGGCUCCUACAAUGAGGGACGUGCAGUUGACGGCUGCCGGAGAUGGCGCCUUUGAGGAAGUCAGAUUAUUGGAUGCUUAUGACGAAGAGAAUUCUGAUAUAUUGAACGGUAAUUUGAGGAGGAUUCAAGUAAGAGUUUCGGGAAUGACGUGUGCAGCUUGUUCAAAUUCCGUGGAACAAGCUUUGAUGGGGGUUAAUGGUGUUUUUAGAGCUUCUGUUGCUUUGCUUCAGAAUAAGGCUGAUGUUGUUUUUGAUUCUAAUUUGGUCAAGGAUGAAGAGAUUAAAAUUGCUAUAGAAGAUGCUGGGUUCGAGGCAGAGGUUCUUGAAGAACUAAGUGCAUCUUGCACAAGCCAACAUGGAACUGUAUUAGGACAGUUCACGAUCGGUGGUAUGACAUGUGCAGCUUGUGUAAAUUCUGUUGAAGGAAUCCUAAGAAAGCUUCCAGGAGUAAGAAAGGCAGUAGUUGCUUUGGCUACAUCACUAGGCGAGGUUGAAUAUGAUCCAUCCAUAAUCAGUAAAGACGAUAUAGUGAAUGCAGUUGAAGAUGCUGGUUUUGAAGCUUCCUUUAUACAGAGCAGUGAGCAGGACAAGAUUGUACUUGGGGUGGUUGGAGUAUCUGCUGAGAUGGAUAUGCAGUUGUUAGAAGGCAUUCUUUCCAAGUUGCAUGGUGUCAAACAGUUUUAUUUUGAUAGGAUAUCAAGAGAACUAGAAGUUGUCUUUGAUCCUGAGGUUCUUGGCUCAAGAUCCUUAGUUGAUGGUAUUGAGGGAGGAAGUGGCGGAAAGUUUAAGUUGCUUGUUAAGAACCCUUACACAAGAAUUGCUUCUGGAGAUCUUGAAGAAUCCUCAAGCAUGUUUAGGCUAUUCACAGCAAGUUUGUCUCUCAGUGUUCCUCUAUUUCUCAUGCGAGUCGUCUGCCCUCACAUACCUCUGCUUUAUGCUUUAUUACUUUGGCAGUGCGGUCCCUUCCUAAUGGGUGAUUGGCUAAAGUGGGCUUUAGUGACUGUUGUCCAAUUUGUCAUUGGUAAGCGUUUUUACGUUGCAGCAGGAAGAGCACUUAGAAAUGGUUCCACAAACAUGGAUGUCUUAGUUGCAGUGGGAACUACAGCUUGCUAUGUUUACUCUCUAUAUGCGCUACUUUAUGGUGCAAUUUCUGGAUUCUGGUCACCCACUUACUUUGAAACAAGUGCCAUGUUAAUAACAUUUGUACUUCUGGGAAAGUACUUGGAAACUCUUGCAAAAGGAAAGACGUCAGAUGCUAUCAAAAAGCUCGUAGAACUGACUCCAGCUACUGCUACAUUGCUUGUCAAAGAUAAAGGUGGAAGAAUCAUAGGACAAAGAGAAAUAGAUGCUUUGUUGAUUCAACCUGGUGAUAUUCUUAAAGUGCUUCCUGGUGCAAAAGUUCCAGUAGACGGUGUCAUUGUAUGGGGUUCAAGUCAUGUUAACGAGAGUAUAGUCACUGGAGAAUCUGUUCCUGUUCUGAAGGAGGUCAAUUCAGUAGUCAUUGGAGGUACAAUCAAUUUACAUGGUUCACUUCACAUACAGGCUACAAAAGUUGGCUCUAACACAGUUUUGAGUCAGAUUAUAUCGCUGGUCGAGACAGCGCAGAUGUCAAAAGCUCCUAUUCAGAAGUUUGCUGACUAUAUUGCAAGCAUUGUUGUCCCUACAGCUGUAACUUUGUCUUUAUUUACGUUCUUGGGAUGGUAUGUUGCUGGGCUUCUUGGAGGCUAUCCAGAAGAAUGGCUGCCAGAAAAUAGCAAUUAUUUCGUGUUUGCUCUCAUGUUUGCAAUAUCAGUUGUGGUGAUUGCAUGUCCAUGUGCACUUGGUUUGGCCACUCCCACUGCUGUUAUGGUUGCAACAGGGGUUGGUGCCAGUAAUGGUGUGCUGAUAAAAGGAGGAGAUGCAUUAGAGAGGGCACAGAAGAUUAAAUAUGUGAUAUUCGAUAAAACAGGUACUCUGACCCAGGGAAAAGCUACAGUUACGACAGUAAAAGUUUUCACAGAGAUGAAUCGUGGAGAAUUACUUACACUUGUAGCUUCAGCGGAGGCUAGCAGUGAACACCCCUUGGCUAAAGCCAUACUGGAGUAUUCUCGCCAUUUCCAUUUCUUUGACGAACCUUGUGACACCAAGGAGUCUCAAAGUAACAGUGAACAAGCCAAGUUCUCUGGAUGGCUUCAUGAUGUCUCAAAUUUCUCUGCCUUGCCUGGAAAAGGCGUGCAAUGCUUCGUAGAAGGGAAAUGGAUCUUGGUUGGUAACCGGAAGCUGAUAACAGAAAAUGGGAUAACCAUACCUUCCAAUGUAGAAAGUUUUGUUGUAGAGAUGGAAGAAAGCGCCAGGACUGGCAUUCUUGUCGCACGAGAUAAUACUAUCGUAGGUGCUAUCGGGAUAGCAGACCCACUGAAGAGAGAAGCAGCUGUUGUUGUAGAGGGGCUCCUGAAAAUGGGCGUCAAACCUGUCAUGGUCACUGGCGAUAAUUGGAGAACAGCUCGUGCAGUUGCUAAGGAGGUUGGCAUUCAUGAUGUUAGAGCAGAAGUAUUGCCUGCAGGAAAAGCUGAGGUCAUCCGUUCAUUUCAAAAGGGAGGAAAUGUAGUUGCUAUGGUAGGUGACGGAAUCAAUGACUCGCCUGCAUUAGCUGCUGCUGAUAUCGGUAUGGCAAUUGGAGCAGGGACUGAUAUCGCAAUAGAAGCUGCUGAAUACGUGUUAAUGAGGAGCAACUUGGAGGAUGUUAUCACAGCUAUAGAUCUGUCGAGGAAGACAUUUUCCCGUAUUAGAUGGAAUUAUGUCUUCGCCAUGGCAUAUAAUGUGAUUGCAAUCCCAGUGGCUGCUGGUGUUUUCUUUCCUUUAACAAAGCUCAAGUUGCCACCGUGGGUAGCUGGUGCAUGCAUGGCUAUGUCAUCUGUAAGUGUUGUAUGUUCUUCUCUGCUUCUAAAGAGAUACAAGAAACCCAGACUCACUGCUAUACUGGAAAUAACUGUAGAAUAGGGAUAAGGUAAAACAUAGUAAUAAAAUUGAGCAAGAACUGGAAAUCAAGUCUUUUUUGUAUA